AUGGUGCUGCUGUCGGGGGACGGGGACCAGCUGGCCGGGGAGCGCGUCUGCCCCGCGCCGGCGGCGAAGGAGGUGCCCGGCGCCGAGGCGGAGAGCGGCCCCGAGGAGGGGGCGGCGGGGGCUGCAGUCGAGGGGCUAAACGAGGAGGAGAAUGAGGAAGAAGAGGACUGCGAGGAGUACGAGGACUUCUCCGAGCUGCCCGACACCUGCAGCAUCGCCUCAGACGACUCCUUCUACCCGCCGGGGGGGCUGGAGGAGGAGGACCUCAGGUCCCUGGAGCGCGACAGCCCCGAGGCGCUCAGCCUCUUCCGAGCCUGCUGCACCAACAACACCAUCGUGCUCAAGGCGCUCAUCCGCCAGGGUCCCGGGGAGGAGGAGGUGCGGGAGACCGACCGCAACCGCCGGAAUGGUCUUAUCGUUGCCUGUUACCAAGGGUAUGUGGAUAUUGUAAUAGCCUUAGCACAAUGCCCUCACCUUGAUGUGAACUGGCAGGACAACGAAGGGAACACAGCUCUAAUUACAGCUGCACAGGCAGGGCACAUAACCAUUACAAACUAUUUGUUGAACUACUUUCCUGGGCUCGAUAUUGAGAAGAGAAACGUGUUUGGAUUCACGGCGCUGAUGAAAUCUGCGAUGCAGGGCCGAACAGAGUGCGUGAGAGCCUUGAUGCUGGCAGGGGCAAAUGUUCACGCAACUGACCCAAGCCGUGGACUGACUUCAUGGGAAUGGGCUUGUUUCACAGGAAGAUCAGAAUCUGCCUUCAUCAUGCAGAAGUUGAUGGACAGUCCAUGCCCAGAACAGUUUUGUGAUCAAUAUAAACCAGAAUGGCCAAAGAUGAAGGAACUUCUUGCCAAGGCUGCAGAGCCAAAAAGCUGUUUGCAGAGGGUGUCUGAGUGUGUGAGGGCUGCUAUCCCGUUCCGGCCUUUCUUUGGCCCAGAAAAAGAUGGGGUCCUCGAUCACAUGGUGAAGGUGACAACAAGCCUGAGCAGCCCCUUCAUUGCUCUGGCAUGCCGGACAGUUUGCCCAGGCAGCCCGCCUUCUGUGGGGAAACGCAGGCUGGCUGUGCAAGAAAUCCUCAGGAAACAGAGAGCCGAGGAGAUCCGAUCUCAGGACAAAGACCACUUAAGCAGCUAUGAGAAGCUCUUUCAGAACUCCAGAGUCACGCUGGUCCCCAAGAAGAAGGACCGGCGAGCCAGCCUGCAGCCCAUCAGCCUCGCGGUCUCCCAUGUGAACACGGUGGCCACGCGGAAAGCAAGCCUCUUGCCGCUCCACCUGCUCCGACGGAGCAGUGUCAGGCCGGGAUUUGUCAUCCCCAAAGUCCGUGUCAGCAAGGCUCCUCCACCCACCUUCCAGCCAGAAAAGGCGAGAAGGAGGAGCAGUGCGAAGGAUGACCCCUACUUGCAGAUUCCCAAAUGGAGAUACAAGGAGAUUAAAGAGGAGCGGAAGAAGGCAGAAGAACAGGAGAAGAAAAAAGCAGCAGAGGCUCAAAAACAGAAGCAGGUGUCUCCCGCCAGAUCCAGGACCUGAUUUAAAGGCAGUUGCUUGAAGGUUUUUGAGCCGUCUUGUUAUCUGAGCAAGAUAACAGACUGCACGCCCUCGUGUGUGCCCACUGCUCACAGAGCUGGAAUGCUCAAUAAUGGCCUUUAAGGUGCAGAAACAGGGCAAGGGCUAUGCCACAGUGUGUCUGGUGGUGGAGCAGGAAGGUAUUUUGAGGUGGAAGACUUAGUAAGUUUACCUGUCUGCUGUUGACAGGAAGCUUUAAGUGGUGCAGUCCUUCUACGGUUCCCUUUUUUUCCCAGUUCCUGAUGAAUGACCGAGGAACAUCUUGAAAAAUAUCAUGUGUGUGUUGUUCAUUUUGUAAUGGACAAAAUUAAGGAGCUGUGCUUUUGACAAUUGACAUUCCUCCCUCCCCUUGCCUAGGUAGAUGUAUUAAAAGGUUUUAUAGUAAUAAUGAAAAGUUUAAAAUCUACAACAGCAUUGGUGGGCAGUGAAAAUGCAGAUCUACAAUAAUUUUUAAUAUACUAAGCACUUUAUUUUAAUUCCAGUAAUGAGAAUUUAAGACAGGAU